UUGAAGAGUGAAAAUGUCGAGAAGUACGUCGGCGUCUAAUUGGCUGAACUUUUCAGGUUGUACUCGCCUUUCCUUGUGGUUGAGUUUGCUGGAGUCACAUCACAUGACUCUUACUGGAUGUAUUUUAGUCAGAAGAAAACAUGGAUGCAACCAAAGAUGCUCAUUCUGUAGAGAGGUCUGGGGACACUUUGGACGCCUUCAAUCUAUUUACAAAGAGGAAGAAUCCAUCCAAUGCCAGUAAGAAAGAUGAGGAAACAGACUCUGUACCCAUCAAAAAAGCCGACAACCCUUUUCAGUACAAGAUGGACUACCCACACAUGGGAAUCUGCCUGAUUAUCAACAAUAAGAACUUCGACCGCAGUACAAGGAUGAGCACUCGUAAUGGGACGGAUGUUGAUGCUGCUUUUGCCAUGAAGACUUUUUCGGCUCUUGGUUAUAAGAUCAAAGUGGCCACUGAUCAGACUGUAAAGCAAAUGAAGAGUCUAAUGUUGAGUGUAUCCCAAGAGGACCAUAGCAGCUGUGCGUCAUUUGUGUGUGUGUUGCUAAGUCAUGGUGAAGAAGGUGUGAUUUUUGGAACUGAUGGAUAUGAGUUGCUUGAAAACCUGACCAAACCUUUUAAAGGACAUCGUUGCAGCACUCUGGUGGGAAAACCAAAGCUCUUCUUUAUCCAGGCAUGCCGCGGCUCAGAACUGGAUGAGGGAACCGAAAUCCAAGCCGACAGCGUGGCGGAGCAAACGUCUGAGAGGAUUCCCGUCGAGGCCGACUUCUUGUAUGCCUAUUCGACAGCCCCAGGCUAUUACUCAUGGAGGAACACGCAAAACGGUUCCUGGUUCAUGCAGGCAUUAUGUGAGAUGUUGCAACGUUUCAGAGGCGAGUUGGAACUGAUGCAGAUCAUGACUCGGGUCAACUACAAGGUGGCAAUGCACUUUGAAUCCAGCUCCAAUGUUCCUGGGUUUACCGGCAAGAAGCAGAUUCCCUGCAUUGUCUCAAUGUUAACCAAAGACCUUUACUUCCCUCAAUAAACGAUGGCAGUUAUUAUUGUCUGAAACUAC